UCGCAUGUUCAUUGGUUUAGCUACCAAAUCUAAUCAGAGAAUCUCAUUGGACAAUGGAUUUAGCGGCAUUUCUGUAGGGCGCAUGCGUUCUAUACUGUCAACUUUCCAGCGCGCGGAAUUGUAUAAGAAGAGGAAGAGGAAUAGUUGUGAAUAGUUUUUACACGUUUUAUUGUCUUGCCACCUGUUUAAACAUUAUUUUAUCAUAUAACGUAAGGUAACGGCACCAUGUGGAACCAAGGUGGAUCAUACGGUGAAUCAAACAUGGGUGGUGGAUACACUCAGUCCCCGGGAGGAUUCGCAUCACCUGCUGCCUCCCAGGGAGGAGAGAAGAAAGGGAGACAACGUGCCCAACAUAUUAUCCCCUGCACAGUGUCCCAGCUCAUGUCUGCUGCCCAAACAGAGGAUGUCUUCAGAGUAGGAGAGAUAGAGGUUGCCCAGGUUACCAUUGUGGGCAUCAUCAGAACCACUGACAAAUCCAUGACCAACAUCCAGUACAAAGUCGAUGACAUGACAGGGGCCCCUAUGGACGUGAAGCAGUGGGUAGAUACGGAGGAUUCCAGUGUGGACAGCACUGUCAUCCCCCCAGGCACUUACGUCAAGGUCUCUGGCAAUUUGCGCUCCUUCCAGAACCACAGGUCCGUGGUAGCGUUCAGCGUCCGGCCCCUAGAGGACAUGAACGAGAUCACCUCUCACAUGCUGGAGGUGGUGCAGGCACAUGUGCUGCUCAGCAAACCACAGACUAUUAUGUUGGGCGGAGGAGGGGGAAUGAACACUAGCAUGGUGCCCUUGUCGCGGCCGGGAAUGGGUGGCAACAUGGGAGGUGGAUACUCGGGUGCCAACGACAUGUCCGCUAACGGCCUGAGCCCAAGCCAGAACCAGGUGCUGAGCUUGAUAAGGAGCUGUGCAGACGCACAGGGUAUCAGCACACAGGACUUGAAGCAGAGAUUGAGCGGCAUGAGCUUGGCUGUCAUCAAGCAUGCAGUGGAGUUCCUCAGCAACGAAGGACACAUCUUCUCCACCAUCGACGAAGAUCACUUCAAGUCUACGGACAAUGACGACUAAAGCAUCUCUCCAUUCCCUGUUAGCACUAAGAACAUGAUCAUAGUCUUGGGUUCAUUCUCAACACACUGUGCGCUAUGAGCGGACGAUUGUAUUUAAGAAUAACACCCAACCCCCUCUUAGAAUUUUAAGAUCUCAACACUGAAAAUAGAACCUGUAGUCAUUCAUCGAAGCAUGAUUCAUACUGAGGAACAUCAUGGGAAGUGUAUAUAAUCCUGAGGGUUUCUGUGAAAUUAGGCCUUGGUUUGACUGACGUGGUGGCCAGUGUUCACAUAUCCUGUUUCAACUUCCGUUAAUUAUAUUACAGUAAGAGUGGGUGCAUCACAGGCCAAUGAUUUGUCUCACAGUGAAUGCAAUCUGUGUGACUACCAGUUCCUGAAUCAUUGGUCUUGGUAGUUGUCGUUUAAAAAUGGUGGACAGAAUGCAAAAUUUUGCCAUUCCUAUUCAGAUUGUCUUAUGUCUCUGUUUUGUUUUUGUCUCUAGUAAAUGUAUAUUUUCAGAAAAAUGUGUAA